UAAAUAUAGCUUUAUCUCCGUGUCAUUCAAAAAUGAAGUGAUAUCCAUUUUUAAAAUGGCGUCCGAUGGGAGUGAAUACACAUCGGAUGAGAUUUUCAAUUUUAAAUGUUCGUCUUGUCUGGCUAAUAAUCGGAAUAGAGAAGCUGUUAAAUAUUGUGUGGAAUGUCAGGGAUAUUGUUGCCAGUCAUGUGCAGACAUUAUUCAUAUGAUGCCUGCUUUAAAAGGUCACACACUUUUGGAUAAUUCGAAUUAUAAGCCGUCAAGUCUCCCACAAGGAUUACCAGCAGUACCGACAGAGAGAUGCAGCAUUCAUGAGACAAAGAUCGUGGACAUGUACUGUGGUAAUCAUGAUCAAGUUGGUUGUACAACUUGCAUGGCUCUAAGCCAUAGGUCCUGUGCUGAUGUGCAAUCCAUUCAAGAUAUUGUCGACAGUAAAUUUCAUACGACAGAUGUUGACAAAAUACAUCAAAAGAUGCAAGACUUGAAAAUGAUGAUGGAGAAAAUUGUGAACACUAGACACAGAUUGAUAGAAGACUUAAAGAAGUCUAAGACGGAAGCAGAAACGGCGAUAAAGGACUUUCGAAAAGACAUGGAAACAAUUCUUGAACACCUAGAAAAAGAAUCGAUUAAAGAAUUAGAGAUGAAAUUCAUAAAAGAAGAGACGAAACUGCUAGAAGAGAAGAAGAAAGCAGAAACUGAAUUGGAUGGUCUGAAACAAGCAGUGAACGACUUGAAGAAAUCGGAAGGAAACCAAGCGCAACAAUUUGUCUCCAUGAAAAUAUCCUUGAAAAGUAUUGCAGAAACGGAAGACGUAUCUCGAUCAUUGAAAACAAGCGUUGAUGCAAAUAUAUCAUUUGAUUUUGAUGCUGCUAUACUGGGAUUUCUACAGCAGUUGAAAGCUUUUGGAUCGGUCCGACAUGAUUCUGCCACUGCUUUAAGAUCGCCAAGGACAACUGUCUAUUCUGUUAAAAGAAUCGAAGAUUUAAACAUCAGAGUCCAGAAUGACAACAACACAUGCUGUGUGUUCGGGUCUUGUCUUACAGAAGAUGGAGCACUACUGUUAGCUGAUCAUAGCAAUACUAAGAUAAAACGAGCAGAUAUUAUAAAAAUGUCAGUGACAGAUUAUUGUUGUGUUCCUGCUGCGCCGUUGGGCGUUUGUUGUACAAGUAAAUUUGAAGCUGCGGUCUGUCUUUUCAAUCACACAAUUCAGUUUGUCUCCCUUGACAAGCAAAUGACAAUCACUCGUCAGAUAAAAAUGAGCUAUUAUUGCUUUGGCAUUGGCUAUACGGAUGAUAAACUAUACAUAACUGACGCCUAUAAAUCGUUACACAUACACGAUAUGACAGGCAAAAUGCUGCAGACGGUAACUCAAGACAACGCCGGGCAGGGUCUGUUUUCAAACAGUCGAAAUGUUGCUGUUAGUGAUGCCGAUGAUAAAGUGUUUGUUGCAAACGGGGUUGAAGGUCUAGUUAUUAUUGAUGGACAAGGACACCACUGUCAGACCUUUACUGAUUCAGAGUUAAAAGUAGCGUCUGGAGUUUGUACAGAUCGUAGAGGAAAUAUGUUUGUGUCCGGGUACGGUUCGAAUAACGUGAUACAGAUAGGGAGGGAUGGGAAGAAAAUGGUCGUGGUCGCGAACUCAUCAGAUGGACUUGAUGGACCAGAAUCAGUUUGUUUUGACGCAAGUCAAUGCAGAUUAUUGAUUACACAACACAACGAUACUGUAAAAGUAAUCUCUUUGCUUUAAAGGUCGAUUGUGGAGGAAGUUCAACAACUUAUAUUAAUCACUCUCGACACCUCAUUCUGGAUGGAAUCCAUCGCCACGAGGGUAUGAGAGAAGAGGCCAGUUUUCCCUUUUAAUGCUGAGCGCCAAGCAAGGGAGCUACUGGUACCAUUUUUCACGUCUUUGGUAUGACGCGGUCGGGGAUCGAACCCACGACCUCUCGCACUCGAAGCGGACGCAUUACCACUUGGCUAUCGAGCAAUUAUUUUUAAUAGCUUAAGUAUUCAUAGAAUAUGUGAAGUGUCUUACUGCGUUCAGCUACCACAGCGUACUUUUUUCGUUCCCAAGCAUUACCACUUGGCUAUCGAGCAAUUAUUUUUAAUAGCUUAAGUAUUCAUAGAAUAUGUGAAGUGUCUUACUGCGUUCAGCUACCACAGCGUACAUUUUUCGUUCCCAAGCAGUACUGUCUAAUACCAGAAAGACGUACACUGCAUCGUAUGCUGUUUUCCUUAUUCCUUCUAGAUGUUUCGAAUGAAGUUCUGUACGAGCGUUUCUAUGUCUCCUUCAUAUCUAUUCAGACUGUUAACGAAAUUUUACCACACUGCAAUAUUAAGAUAUUUAUUUUGUUGAAUUCGGUAAGAAAUUGAGAAGUAGUAUCGAUUAAACUUUAAUCUUUACGUUAUGAACUUUAAGCUGUAAGUGAAUGCUAGUUUAGUUUUAGUUGCCAAUUUUUUUAUGAAUGGCUACCUUUCGUGAAUGACAUUUUUAAUUGCCUUGAACUUCUGUACAUUGAUCUUUAUUUGUCAGGUACAUAAUGUAAAUAUUGUCUUGAGAAAAAAUGUCGGAUUUCCUGAAUAUAUUUUGAUAAUUUU